UCUGGAAAGCUUUAACACUCCUUGGUGCCUGCUCUAGUCUGUCCCUGUGAAACAAAAUGCCUGAAGCGUUGACAUGAAUUUUUCAGCGAAACAGCAUCUCCUCAUUUUUUUCUUUGUACAACUGGAGAAGGGGGAAAGCUUACAUUUGUAGAAAACUGAAUGGUAACAUCCAAUGAAGCCAAGAAAUGGUGGAAAGUGAGAAGCCAGCAGAGGAUGGGAGAUGGUUCAAGUUUUCCCGGAACAAGUUUUUCGUUUUUAUUUUGAUAUUUGCAGGUCUUUUCCUGAUUUACAGCAGAAAUACAAUGACACCAGGCGGGAACCCAAAAAAGUGGAUGCAAAAUCAAUCAGCAAAAUUGAUGAAUUUCUUCAGUGGUCAGAUACUAAAUAUAUCCUCACUAAACACUACAGCUAAUGACAACUCCUCUUCUCAGAAUACAACUCUACCACCAACUCCUGUUCCUUACGUGUCACCUGGACCAUAUUUAGUCGAAUACCCCUACGACUACCAGUACAUCAUAAAUGAGCCACAGAAAUGUGAACAGGAGAAGCCAUUUGUGGUUCUGAUCGUUCCUGUGGCCCCAAACAAUAGGCAACACCGUGACAUCAUUCGCAACACCUGGGGGAGUGAAAGUCUCGUCCUGGACAAAGUGGUGAGGCUUUUCUUCUUACUGGGGCUGCACGCGGGGGUGGAGGUGGAGCAGGUCCAACAGCAGGUACUUCAGGAGAGCAAAGAGCAUCACGACCUGAUCCAGAGCAACUUUGUGGACUGCUACAAGAAUCUCACCAUUAAGACCAUGGUGAUGCUGGAGUGGCUAACUGCACACUGCUCCAGCGCCUCUUAUGCUAUGAAGAUUGAUUCAGACAUGUUCCUGAAUGUACAUAAUCUUGUCAGUAUGCUCUUGAAUGCUCAAAAAUCAAACUAUAUGACUGGGCUUGUGGCAAAUGGCGCUACAGUACUGCGAAAUCCAAGCUCUAAGUGGUACCUACCUCAUAACAUUUAUGCUCCGCCACAGUACCCCCGCUAUGCUCUGGGCCUGGGCUACAUUUUGUCUUUAGACCUCCCAAAAAAGCUCACUGAGGCAUCCAGACAUGUUAAAGCAGUUUACAUUGAGGAUGUGUAUUUAGGGUUGUUAAUGCAGCACCUGGGCAUUCCUCCCACCGACCCCCCAAACUGGGGUUACUUCUAUGUAUUUCCUUUGCCAUAUAAUCGCUGUGCCUUCUCCAGGAUAGUAGCCACCACAACUUCUCCACACACUAACCGCGAGCAGAUUUGGAAUGACUUUAAAAAACCAGGCCCGUACUGCUAACCUGAAGCUGAAAAGAUAAGAUAAAAAUGCAACAUGAAACAACAGGGCAGAAUUUCCUUGACUCUUUAAAAAAUAUAUAUUUUUAUAUUCACAUAUAGGCUAUUAUGAUAUUCAUGUACUAUCUCCUAAUCUCAAAUUUUAUUGAAACUGAACUAGUAUUGUUCCGCUGUAUAUUUAAACUACACAGUCAGCCAUUUUAUGUAGCUUAUUAUUUAAGGAGUGAAAUUUUUAUUAUCUUUGUAAAUGAAGGUUAAAAAAGUGUAAUAGUGAAAACAUGCAGUAAGACCU